UAUAAUGGUGCAAAUUUUUUAACAGCUGAUUGAUAAUGUAGGUUGUAAUAACUUCAGCAAGAUAAUAGUACAUUCCAUAAUAAUGGUUGGGUGAUUAAAUGAUAAGUCAACAAUAAUGACAGUCAAUGAUACUGCAUGAACAGGCAUAAAACAUAUUGCAGAAUAAUUAAUAAUGUGUGAAGCAGAUUUCGAAUUGAUGUGUCAAGGAGCUGAAGCUAGAUUAUAUAAAGGACAAUAUUUAGGACGUAUGGCAAUAAAAAAAGAACGUUUUAAAAAAACUUAUCGACAUCCAGAUCUAGACGAAAGAUUAACAAAAGACAGAAUCAAAAGUGAAUAUCGUGCUAUUGUUCGUGCGAAAAUAGCAGGUGUCCGUACUCCAGCAGUUUUUUUAGUUGAUCCAUAUGAACGGAGCAUUUAUAUGGAAUAUAUAGAUGAUGCGAUAGUAUUGAAAAACCUGAUAGAAAAGCUUAUUGUUCUCAAUAGUAAUAAUGAACAAGUGUGGGUGCAUAAUUUAGGUAAAAUUUUAGGCUUAAUUAUAGCUAGGCUACAUACAAAUAAUAUUAUUCAUGGUGAUUUGACAACAUCGAAUAUACUUGUAAAAAGUUGUAUUCUUGAUCAGUUGAAAGAUAUAAAAGAAGGAGGCAAUCUUGAUGAAAAUAAACUGAUGAUACAUUUCAUCGUCAUUGAUUUUGGUUUAGCACAUGUUGAUUCAACAGCUGAAGAUAAAGCUGUAGAUCUUUAUGUUUUGGAACGAUCCUUGUUGAGCUCGCACUCUCAAGUACAAAAUUUAUUUUCAGAAAUAAUGAAAAGCUAUCAGAAAAAUAUAAAAGAUAAAAAACAACAACGAGAAAUUAUUUCUAAAUAUGAAGAAGUGAAAGCUCGUGGUAGAAAACGUCUGAUGAUUGGAUAAUUAAUAUCUAUCGAAAUAAAAAUUUUUUGUACUUCUGUAAGGCGGAUAUUAUUAGUAAAAUAAUUGUAAUAAAAAAGAAUAAUUGUAUUCAAGUAAUUUUUUUAUGAAUAAAAAUUUGAUCAAUAUUAAAAAGUAACAA